CACCAAGCGAUGACACGCCGACAACUACACAUGUGGACUGCGCAGCGGUGCACUGCUCCGUGCUCGCUCACUUUCAUCACAGAGUACAUGAACAAUGAAGUCAUCACUAACAGUAAAACCAACAGGCAAAAGCCGAGGGCCUCGGAACUUAAGCCGUGCCAAGACUGCCAUUCACAAAAUGCUUCUACAAAGUGAUGAUAAGAAAGCGCAGGGUUCUAACACGAACGCAAAAAACAAGCAAGUGAUGACAAGGAAGGAGAAACGAAAGCAAGAAAGGAAGAUUAAAAAAGCCCAUGUUGAUGCCUUCCAUAAAAAGAAGUUGGAUGCAUUUGAGAGUAACACGUCAGCUAAUCUUUCUGUGGGUUCAUCACACAACGAGUCAAGAACACCAGGGAAGAACCGAGAGAAGAACAAGCGCAAAAAACGCAACAGAGCAUUAAAGCUCAAAGAAGAGAAAGAUGCAGCAAGGAGAGAGGAAGAAUUAGCGUUAGCUAACCGAGAAGAUGAGAGAAGCAUAAAGAAAAUAGAAAAGGACAUGAAUUUCAGGAAAAAUAGGAAGACAGAUAAGAAGAUAAUGCCAUCUAUCUUCAAAGCAGAGGGACUUGACUAUCUUUUGGACCUUGUGGAUCAGGACUACCAUGACUACACGGAAACAGCUCCGGAUAAAACUUAUGAUGACCUUGUUAAUGCGGGCAGUGAGAGUGAUGAAUACAGUGAUGCCAAUAGUGACACAGACAGUGAAAAUGACAACCGUGCAACACUUGAUUUCAAAAAGAAACCAGUCGAUACUGACUCUCAUCAGAAUCAUAAAAUCACUGUAAGUAAAGAUUGUGACGAACCUGCCAUAGAUGAAGAUAAUUCAGGUGAAAGUGACUAUGAUGAAGAGGAAGAAUUGGAAGAGUGUUUUGAGAAUAUCCAUUCUGAAACUGACACAAAUUCUCCGGACCAUAGAACAAUAAACUCUCAGAAAAGAAAACAUGUACAAGCAGAGAACAAUUGUAGGACUCAAAGUCAGGAAAGCGUACAAAAAAAGUCCUCCGGGCAGAAGAUGGAUCCCUAUGGCAAUAUCAUUGGUGAAACAAAUUUGCAGAACACAGGAUCCUACAUACCUCCUCAGAAACGAGCCAAGAUGAUUGGAUAUUGUGAAAAGAAGCAAGAACAGCUGGACAGAUUACGGAAACAGCUAAAAGGCUUGAUCAACAGAUUGAGUGAAUCUAACAUACAGUCAAUCGCUGGACAGAUUGAAGAAUUGUAUCAGAGUCACAGCCGCAAUGAUAUGAAUGAAACAUUAACCCAGGUGGUGCUGGACUCGUGCAUUGGGCCCAUCUUAACUGGCGACAGACUAGUGAUGGAACAUACCAUGCUGAUUGCUGUACUCAAUCUUAACAUCGGUAUGGAAGUUGGUGCUCAUUUUAUUGAGACCUUAGCAAGAAAGCUGGAUGAUCUCUACAAACAAGGCGGUAACUAUGGCCAUGGUAAACAAUGCGACAAUGUCAUCCUGCUUUUCAUUCAUCUCUACAACUUCAAAGUAAUUCAUUGCACUUUGAUGUAUGACAUCAUCCGUAAACUUGUAGCAGGCUUUACCGAGCGAGAUAUUGAAAUGCUGCUCCUUGUUUUGAAAAACUCAGGAUUGAUGUUACGAAAGGAUGACCCUUCAGCUUUGAAAGAGAUUAUCCUGCAAAUUCAGACCACGGCCAAGACCUGCUCCGAAGAAUUCCAACAACAGUCUCGUGUCAAGUUCAUGCUAGAAACCAUUUAUGCAGUGCGUAACAACAAUGUCCGGAAAAUCCCCAACUAUGAUCCCGCCCAGUUGGACCACAUGAGGAAGAUCUUGAGGGCUCUCAUCAAGGCUAAAGGCCAUACUGAUUCUGAUGCUACACUCCAGAUUUCUCUGGAACAUCUUCUGAGCGUAGAAGAGCGAGGACGCUGGUGGAUUAUUGGCUCAUCAUGGGCUGGCAACGAACCAAUGGCAAUGCAGCAAGACAAGUCUUCAGAAGAGCCAGGCAUUGAUGAUGAGACCAGUCACAUGAUCACUGAGUUGUCACGGCAACAGCGAAUGAAUACAGAUUUGAGAAAGGCCAUAUUCAGGGUCGUCAUGACAGCAGAGGACUACCUGGAUGCUUACGAGAAGAUUUUGCAUCUGAGUUUGAAGUCAGGUCAAGAGAGGGAAGUCGUCCAUGUCACCAUCAACUGCUGCCUGCAAGAAGCAUCCUUCAAUCCAUACUAUGCUCAUCUUGGCACCAAACUCUGCCAGCAUGACAGAAAAAAUAAGAUGGCUUUCCAGUUUGCUUUCUGGGACAAGUUCAAGAUUCUAACUGAGAUGUCCAGCAGUAGCCAAAGCAACCUUGCUCAUCUCAUCAGCCACAUGUUGUUGUCCAAAGCAAUCUCCAUAUCUGUAUUGAAGGUGAUAGAGUUUGCAGACAUUGAUAAGACAACUGUUCGCUUUCUUCGUCAAACUUUAAGAUCGCUCCUUCUAAGUCCAUCCCAGAAGUCUGUAUUGGCCGUGUUCAGUGCAGUCAUCUUGUUGCCAAAGCUUCGCAUUUUCCGUGAUAGUCUCCGCUUAUUCCUGCUUCACUUUGUGCUUCCAAAGACUGAUGGAAAACAAACUGUUGAUGUUGAGAUAGAUUUGAAACUGAGAGGACGUGUUCAACAAGCCAAUCAGAUACUUGCCGGUGAAGAUUUGAGUGCCAAAUUUUAAAUGUUUUCACAAAAUGCACAUUUCAGAUGCAAGUAGGGUCUCUUUGUUUUUAACGUUACAAGUAGCCAACAUGAAAGCUUAGGGCUUACCCUUGGAUAUACAAGCCCUGAGAACUAUUGUCACAAAUCCGUUGAAAAUGAAGGCACUUGUGAUAUUCAACAAAAUAAUUUUAUAAUUUUGAAUUCAGUAAUAAACGUUUUCAAGUGCUUGCAUGAAUGAAAUUUUUUUUUUUUUAUAAUCUCUCUGGUGCUUGUUCUAAAUGUGAUGAAAUUUUGCUCAUUUGCUCCUUUCUUUGCUCCUCCGACUAUUGUAUCAGCUCUGAUUUUUUUUCAAUAAAUUCUAAAUGGACUUCAAUUUUCUGCCAUGAUAUUUUAUGUAGUCAUUGCUUACACAUGGAGAAAAACCUAAUUAUUGAUACUUCUAAGUCCAGGUAUAAGCAAACUAGCAAAUUGCUGAACUGUUUGACUGAAGACAAAUUUAUCACUGUUGUGGAAAAAAAAUAAAUGCAGUCAAAACUAA